AUGUCAGCCGCCGUGGCGUGUCUGGACUACUUCGCCGCCGAGUGCCUGGUGUCCAUGUCCGCGGGCGCCGUGGUCCACCGCCGCCCGCAGGACCCCGAGGGCGCGGGCGGAGCCGCAGGCUCGGAGGUGGGUGCGGCGGCGCCGCCGGAGUCCGCUCUGCCGGGUCCGGGGCCACCGGGGCCCGCGUCGGUCCCCCUGCUCUCCCAGGUCCCCGCCCCCAGCCCUGGCGCGGGCGGCGCCGCGCCCCACCUGCUGGCUGCAAGCGUCUUGGCUGACUUGCGCGGCGGCUCCGGGGAGGGCUUCGCGGAGAACUCGGGAGAAGCUCCGCGCGCCUCGUCCGGCUCCUCCGGCCCCAGCCCGUGCUCCGCGCCCACCCUGCGCCCAGAGCCGGCCCCGGCCUCCAGCGCGGCCGAAGUCUCCUGGCCCGCGCACUCGUCCCGCGCGCUCGAGGUCCCGGGCGCGCCCGCCGCCUCCGGAGCGCCUGCGGCCCCCGGCGGGGUGUCCGGCGUGGCCCCUGGCGUGGGCCCCGCCCCCGCAACGGCUCCAGGUGCCCGUCGGAGGCCAGUCACACCUGCUGCCAAGCGCCAUCGAUGCCCCUUCCCGGGCUGCAACAAGGCCUAUUACAAGUCGUCGCAUCUGAAGUCCCACCAGCGCACCCACACGGGCGAGCGCCCUUUCUCCUGCGACUGGCUCGACUGCGACAAGAAGUUCACGCGCUCCGACGAGCUGGCACGUCACUACAGGACGCACACGGGCGAAAAGCGCUUCUCCUGCCCCCUGUGCCCCAAGCAGUUCUCCCGGAGCGACCACUUGACCAAGCACGCCCGUCGCCACCCAGCCUAUCAUCCCGACAUGAUCGAGUACCGGGGGCGUCGUCGCACGCCCCGCGUCCACGUCCACGCGCAACCCGCCAGCCUGGUGGACAGCUCCGGCUCCGUCCCCGGCCAGGCGCCCAGCCUUACCGCCAGCCCGUCUGACAGUCACUGCUGCUAGUCGUCCACCCGAGGACGAUCCCCCCAGGCCGUUUUCCCUGCCUUCUCUGCCCGUCCCUCUUUCCCGGUGUCGCUAGAACAAGGCACAGACUGGUUCCUGCGCUCUGAGGGUGCGUCCAGGCAGGACUGUUGGAUUCUGGGGAGGGACUGGGGACCCGAAAACAGCAGGAAUUCUUUCAAAAACGAAUGUCAUCCUAAAAGGGGGAGGGUUGCCUCAGGACAGCCCCCAGGAACUGGUGAGAAGGGAUGAACCCCGGUGCUCCCCGGAGUCCCGAAGAUGAUCCCUUCCCUGGACGAAGAGAUGUGAAACUGGAAUGCUCAGGUGCCUGAGGAGCCCCCAGUCUCAAAGGACGCUGGUGUCUUACCCACCCACCUGGGUGGACCUCGAAGAGGGUAUCAGGGGAGGCAGUCUUGGAAAUGACCAGGACUGGAUUGGUGAGAGG